AUGUGGAAGAAAGGGGAGCUAGUUUGGGUGAGAUUAAACCCUUCAGAUUCUUCAUGGAUUCCGGGUCGGAUCCUUGAUCCAUCCGAACCGUUUGGAAUCCUCGUUUCGUUCUUCGACCUGUUGGAACCAAGCUACGUUCCUAAACUUUGUCUCCGAAGCUUCGAGCGCGAUUUCGAAACUCUGGUUGCAGAUUCGUGGAGGUACCGCCACUUUGUGAACAGAGCUCUGCAAACGCACUUCUCCAAUAUCUCCUUUGGGCUAUGGUGUUCUUGCCAACGGCCCUGGAUCGAUUCGCCUUACUUGGACAGAGAAAUCUCUGUCCUUGGGACUCCUCUUAGUUCUGUUUCGGCUCUGGGAUUUGUUCGAGAGAUGGCCGUUUCGCGACGAGUGUCUCUUCGGAGAUUAGUUGAGACCAACAGUUCCACCGCUCAGAUCCUUAGCUUUAUGCGUUACACUGUUGAUUUCAAUCUCUCCGAAUCUGUCUAUGAACAAGUUAGAGAAUGUGCUAGGCUAGUGGAUCGUGUAGAGGAACCAGAUUUGUGUCUCGAUCCCUCCAACAAGAUGGACUGCAUUGUCGACCUGGUUCCUCCUAUGUUUCCACACACCAGUAAUGAUUUGAGUCUAGGAGAUCCAAUUCCCAAAGAUAUCCAUCGGUGUUCUGUUGAUAAAGUAGUUCAGAGUUGGAACCCUGUGAUCAACAACUCUGAUUCUAGCGUCAUGAAAGCUUGUGCAACCAUGGCUAGAGUAUCUACUCCUAAGGAGUCAGUGAACUUUGAGACUAAUGUUCAGGUGGAGGAGCAUAAGAGCGCUGUAGAAGAGUUGGAAGAUAGAAAUGACGAGGUUGAAGAAGAAAAUAAAAAUGAAAAGGAUGUUGAAGAUGAGAAAGGUCACAGUGAAACAAGUGAUAAGGAAGAUGAUGAGGCAUCUAAGAGAGAAGAUGAGGUGGAGAUUGAGUCAAGGAAUAGCACACUAGUAGAAGAGGAGAACCUGAACCUGGCAGAGAAGUUACAAAAUAGAGUUGACGACUGUAAGAGCGAGGAGGCUAGAUUGGAGACAUCAGGUGGUGAGUGUGAUGAUGAAGAACAAAAGGCUGAGGAGUCCAGGAUUAAUAAGAAGGUUGAUUUAAAGAUAAUGACACUAGGAGAAUGGUUUAAAUCCAUGGAGGUUCAUGUGCAGAAAUGGAUAGUGGAGAAGACGGAGAAGGGGAAGUAA